UCAGACUGUCAAAAGAUGGCUCAGUAUGGAAACCCGGUUAGUCAGACUGACGAGUAUGGCAACCCAGUUCAGCAUGGUCAUGCUGGCAACAGGCCCGGUGGGAUGACCGGAGGCAUGGGAACUGGUGGUAUGGGAACCGGCACCACAGGUGACUAUAUGUCCGGCACUGGAACUGGAACUGGAGGGAUUUUGCGUCGUUCCGGCAGCUCGAGCUCGUCGGAGGAUGAUGGACUUGGAGGGAGGAGGAAGAAAGGGCUGAAAGAGAAGAUUAAGGAGAAGUUGCCUGGUAAGCAGGAUCAAUAUCAGGGUCAGGGAACGGCGGCGCCGCCGUAUUCGGCCACCACCGGAGAGCCCUAUGAGAAGAAGGGAAUCAUGGAUAAGAUCAAGGACAAGCUCCCCGGCAGCCAAAACCGCCCAUAGAUAUAUCUCUCUAUAUAUAUAAUAUAAUAAAAAAGCUUGCCACCUUGGGUGGAAAGUUCUAUCCC